AUGACAUUGUGUGACUAUUUCGAGAAACUGGGCCUGGCAAAGCCCGAAUGUGGACAUCAGAUUCGACAGCCCGCAUUUCACGGAUUUGUACCGAAUUACGAGGCUCCGAAUUACGCCGGAGCUGCGAUUCAGACGAAUAAUUUGAGAUUUGGAAGUUAUCCCGAAGCGGCUGUGGAUAGUAAGUUCUGGGGCCCUUUUUACUCUCAAAAUCUCCAAAUUUGGAGCAUUUUGCGCACAAAAACGUGAAAUUUGAAGAAUUUUAACCCUGGGACCCCUUAAAAACACCAAAACUAACCUUCUAGCAUGUCCACGAUCCUUGAUUUUAUUGAUCGAUUCUUGAAUUUGUUGAUCCAACAUCCGAAUAGUCUGAAAAUCCGAAAAAAAUCAAUAAUUUCAGCAAAAAAAUCGAGGAAAAAGCACGAUUUUUGAGAAAAAAAAAUAAUAAAAACACUCCGCGUCUUUUCUCAAUGGAGCGCAUUUUCUCUCCUUCUCUAUUUCUCGCUAAACAACAGGCAAGCGCGGAGUGUCGUUGUUUUUUUUUUUGGAUUUUCCGCAUCCCACACGUAUUUGGUAUCAAAAAACGCCAAAUUCUUCAGCCUCCCAACUCAUCCACAAUCUUCCGCUUUGCCGCAACUACUUCCAUUCGUGCAUGUCAUCCGACGCGUGCGAAUCCGGAACAAUUUGCACCAAUGGUGUGGAGCAGGGCUCGUGCUGCACCAAUCCGCAUCGUGCACAAUGUCCCACGGUCACCAAAAUGCAUAUUAGUUGCCGCAAGACACGCAGUGUUAAUUGGUGAGUUAGCUUAACUUGAAAACAAAAAUUUCAAAAAAAAAAACAAAAAGACUAGGGGGCACCCGGAUUUGAACCGGGGACCCUUUGAUCUGCAAUCAAACGCUCUGCCGCUGAGCUAUACCCCCUGAUGUUAGACAUGCUGCAAAUUGUCAACACAUAUUUGGCCUUGGUCUGUUUGUCUGGUCAGCGCUGAGAGUGAGAGAGUGUGGGGGAGGUGAGAGAGUGCAGACAGAGCGACGAGACUGUUUGUGUGUAGUUCUCGAGGAAAAUGUGUGUUUUUGUGGUGAAAAUGUUGAGAAACCUCUUUCUUUAUUGAAAUUUGGGCUCAAAAUGCUCCAAAACCCUCCAGGAGUAAAAAUAUGCUCCAAAAACCCUCUCAUAGUCAAAUUUGAGCUCAAAAUGCUCCAAAAACCCUCCUCGAGUCAAAAAUGGUCCAAAAAUCGUCAUAGCUCCAAAUUUGAGCUCAAAAUGCUCCAAAAACCUUCCCGUAGUCAAAAAUUGCUCCAAAAAUCCUCCCAUGGUAAAAUUUGAGCUCAAAAUGCUCCAAAAACCCUCCUGGAGUCAAGUAAUGCUCCAAAAACCCUCCUGGAGUCAAAUAAUGCUCUAAAAAAUCGUCCCAUUUCCAAAUUUAAGCUCGAAAUUCUCCAAAAACCCUCCCAAAUCCAAAAAUCCCCAAAUUUUCCAGGUGCAACUCCGACAUGGAUUGUCGCGGCACCUCAACAACCGCCUCAAUGUGCUGUCCAACCGGUUGCAACUACAACAUGUGCAUUCACGUGGGUCAACAGAUUUUCCAUCCCCGGAGAAGUGUGGUGUUCUCAUCGCUGGCCAACACAAAUUUAGGCUUAGGCCUAAGCCCGGGCCUAAGCCUAGCCGAUCAAUGUCCAGAUCCUUAUCAAUUGGACGUGAAAUGCGUCGCCACAAAAGGCGCCAACUGGUGUUAUACUGACGCGGAUUGUCGAAGUGGGCUGUACACAAGGAAAUGCUGUGCAACACUUUGCGGAUAUAAUACAUGUUUGAUGCAUUUUAAUGAUAAGUGGAUUAUUGCCUAAAUUAGGCUGGGCCUAGGCUUUGGCCUAAGCCUAGGCUUAAGAGAAAUGUUUGUAUAUAUUUAUUGAUAAAGAUUAUAUUUUUUCUAGAUAGAGUCAUUGAUGUUUCUAGACCAGAUUUCUGUGCUGGAAAUGCUGGAAUUAUUGAUUUCUAGCGAUUGUCAGUAUUUCCAGCAGUUUCAGCGCAAAAUUCUGGUCUAAAAGUAAUGUUUGGUCUUCUGAAACUUUCUAGAACAAAAUUCCAAAAUUUUGCUUUUUUCAUAAGAAACCGUUUAUCAAAAAACCAGAAAGACAAUUACAUACACACACAUAAAAAUAAAUAGAUUAUUAACAAGCCUAAACCUAAGGCCCUAAAGCCCUAAGCGCACUGAAACUUUCCAUCCACCGAAGCCGGCGAUCCAUUACAACAACUCUCCGCUCGCGGAUACUUGCACACUUCCGCAUUGCAAGUUUGCGACGCGGAAGCGUCACCGCUACACGAACAACUCAAAGUUGAUGAGAUGGUGGAUGUUGUGAGGCAGGUUCGUGUGCGCGUCUGUGUUCCGCAACUUCCGCAUGUGUCGUUGCAGGUUGUCCAGUCGGACCAGGUGACCCAGGAACACGUCUAGAAUUUGGAUUAGGCUCCGGGGAAUUUUAAACUCGCCACGCCUCUGAAGUUCGAGUCAGAAAAUUCGGGUUCCAAAAUUUGAGAGACGUGGAAUUUCAGCCCUUAACUUAGAGGCUGAAAUUCAAGGUUUCAAAUUUUGAGACACGUGGAUUUCCAGCUUUGAAUUCAGGAAGUGAAAUUUCAAGUUCUAGAUUUUUUCCACGUGGAUUUUCAGCCAAAACCAACCUGUGGCUCAAUAUUGGCAGCCAUAAACAAAACCAGCAAAGAAACCGUCAAAAAAUGUGUCAUAAUUGCGAAUUUUUAGUGAAAAAAAAAUGGCGAACAACACAAAAAUCUGUGUCAAAACCGUGGGGAUUUUAUACGGUUCGGCGGGUUUUUUGCAAAAAAAUAGUCAGGGAUUAGUGUAGGUGUCGCUGAUGUGUUUUGAGUCAUAAAAUACGCAGUGAGUACGAAAAACAGCCGGCGAUGUAUGUUCACAGCUGGUGGGGAGUAGACCAAUAAUUGACCCAUGGUUGACCAAUCGACAAAAUUGGUCAAUGGUUGACCAACGAUGGGUCAAAAAUAGUUCGUUGAUCAACGGUGGGUCAAUAUUAUUGGUCAAUGAUGGGUCAACCAUGGCUAGGCUAUGAAAAGUCUCGGAUUCACGAAAAAAAACAUUUUCUUACAAUUAAAUAGCCUUUUUGUCUUAACUUCAAUCAAUGUAGUUCUACCAUGUUCGCUUUGUUAUUGGCAAAUCUUGAUAAAUUUUGUUUUCAUACAUAAAUUUGUUUUUAAAUAUUGAUUCUAAUUUACAUUUUCCCACAAGAAACCCAGAAUAAUUAAGAGACAUGAAACCUAAUGCGAUUUGUUUUAUAUUAUUUUAUCUCCUCCCAAAUUCUUCAAAAAAAAGCAAAAGUUGAGGAAGAAAUGUAAUACUUUUAAGAAAAUAAAACAUUCUACAAAAUUCAUGUUGCCGCAGAACUGAAAUUAAAAUAAACGAUAUUUUCAAGAACUUCUCAUUGUCAGCAACAAAAAAUGGAGAAAAACAUCUUUUCAGAAAACACAGAAAAUGGGUGAUAAAUUAAAUAUUUCAUUCUAUUUAAAGUUCACUUUUCCAUAACAAAUUUGGAAAUCGUGCAGUUACGUAGAAUUUGAAACUUUUAUUGAAUUUUCAUCCAUUUUGGUCGUUUUCAUGAAUCGACUCAGAUUCACUAAAUUAUCAAGAAUAUUUUUCCGUUUCUUAAAUAUUGACAAAAAAAGUGCGAAUAAUUUCAAGUUUUUUGCCAAUUUCUCGCAUUUUUUAGAAAUGAUUUUUAUAAUUUUUAGUAAACGUGAGGUGCAUUUUUCAGCCAAUUCAAUUUAAUGAUGUUUGUUCCAGAAACAAACAGUGAAAAUCAUGAAAUCUGACGAUGGCAAAUUUAAUUAUGGACAGAGGAGUACUGUAGAACAGAAAAGUUCACACACACACACACAGUGUACAAUGCACACAUGACAUUUUGUUUGACGCGCAAUUGUUUUUUUUUUCUUGCUCAUGUUGUUUUUCUUUUCUGCUUUUCGUUAUGUGUUUGGAGAAGUGGUUCUGUGUCGUACAAAGUCAAAAAAUGCGAACAAUCAAUCUAUGAAUAUUGUUUUCAGUGCGUUUUGGUCAGAUGCCGCGUCCCCGAAUACAGAAAAAGACACGAAAAAGGCUGAGUGAGUGCAAAAUUUCUUUUUUUUAAAUGCAUACUUUUUUUUCAGAAGUGGCCAAAGCAUAUCCCGCGACCCAUCAACAAACAUUGGGUGAAAGAGUUGAUUAUGAAUUCGGUGAUUGGGAUUAUGCUGGUGCGUCAAGGAGAAAUGAUGAAGAAGAUUUAGUCGAAAUGGAAGAAGGUGAAACAUCAAGGAGAAAUUAUGAAGAUUCUGAUGAAAUUGAAGAAUCCGAUGAUGAUCAAGAUGAUAUUGUUGAACCGCAUGAAAAUGAAGAAGAGCCAGUUUUGUCUCGUUGUGGUCAUUCGGUAUCUGAUGAAGAAGACACCGGAUUGUUGCAUCAGGAGGAAGAUUGUUUUGAGAAUUACACCGAACGAGGUGGGUUCAGAUUUUAUUUGAGGUUUAUCGAGAAUUGUUGGGGGAUUUGAAGGUUUUUGGGGAGUUGUGAGGAUUUCAAGGGUUUUCCGGGAGUUUUUUUUGUCGUUUCCGGCGACUGUUGGAGAUUUUAAAGCUUUUUGAAGAUCUAUGGAGUUCCAAAGAUAUUUCAGCGGAUUUUGUUUGGAAAUUUCAGAAUCACUCAGCGACAAAAUUUUAAAAUUGUCCGAUUCUGGUUUGGUAACGUUGGCUGCUUCGCUAAUUGGACACGAUAGCCAAACCGAUGUACGAUUACGGAUGAUCACACUUGGCGCCACCGUGCGACAGGAAGUUGAGGAUAUUUAUGCAUUUUCUCAGAAACUUUUUAAAAAUAUCAAAAUUUGCUCAAAAUGUGGUUCAAAAAUAAUCGCGUCGAAAAACUGGUGAAUUUUUUUCCAAUUUAAAAGUCAUCAUGUUUUUUUCUUUCAAGCUGCGGUAAAGUGGGCGUUUUCGUUCUUGCUCCUUUGAUUGACCAGCUGACAUAUUUCGUUGAGAAAAAUUUUGAUGAGAUUUUGGAAACUCGGGAAAGGAUUAGAUCUGGUGUGUUGCAUGGUCACACAUUGUCAUCAAACUAUUUUGAGAAAUUCGUUGAAACAUCCUCCGAUAAACUCAAUAUUUCUUUAGUUUUAAGCCUGGAUGGUGUGUGCCCGAAUGGGCAUUCUGAGUAAGUUUUGGAAUUCUCUUAAUUUGCUCGUUUCUAUCAACAAAUUCAGCCAACAUAUUUGGCCGUUCACCGGUAUGAGUGUUGAUUUGAAAUUGGGGCACAUGUCAAAAGCAACGAAUUUACUUCUCUUCGGUUCUUACAAUGGACCGUCAAAUCCUAAUACUCGAGUUAUCAAUACAAUUGUUUCUGAAGUUUUCCCAUAUAUCGAACGAUUUAAAAUGAAUCACCGUGGUCGUGAAGUAUCGUUUCGUAUUGUGAGCGCCGUCGCCGAUCAACCGGUAGUUUUUAAUGUAAAAUUUUGCAAACAUCUACCUAUUCAUAGGCGAAAAGGGCUCUGUAUGGUUUUCGCUCUGUGAAUUCCUCAUUCAGUUGUUUUUUUUGUCUUUCGAGAGGAACAUUCCACAAAACCGAUGCGCCCAGCCGUAUUUUGAGAGGUGCUGAUGAUACUCACGAAGACGCUCGAAAAGGAAGGUAUGGCUUCGUCAGAGGGGUUAUUGCCAUUAUUCUUCGUUGGAUUAUGCCUUGGCACGUACUUUUGGACUUGUUCCACGAUUUGCAUGAAGGAUUUUCGGUCACUAUUAUCAAAGGUGAAACGUGAAAAUACACUAAAAUGGAAAAUAUGAAAUUUUAGAAGCUUUUCCGACACCAAAGUUCAUUCCGAAGUCACAAAUAUUUGCUUGCGAUCGAGAUAUUUUUUCCGAUUUGGCAAAGAAGUUAGAAUUACCAAAAAACUUCGAACAUUUAGAGAAUAUGCGAAAUGGUUGUACGAAACUAGACGUGAGUUGGACUCCCAUUGUAAAUACUUGCAUCUCUCUUUACAGUACUUCCGUGUUGUUUUUUUCAUCAAUUCCAUUUAUUCCGAUUGUUUUAAACCGAUCGGUAGGAUUGUUAUUUGUGGUUUUUCUGUGUUGUCUAAUCAUCUUUUGACAAAUGCAACGGUACUUCAUGACAUGAUCACUAAUAUGUGCGAGAAUAUGCAAAGUUUGUUGAAAGAUAAAUAUUCUACGUAUGUUGUGAUGAAAUUCCAUGUAAGUUUGUUCGAAUAUUUCUUAAUAGAGUAAAAACGUGAAUGUUGCAGGAGUUGCUUUUUCAUCUUCCGUAUGCAUACAAGGAAUUCGGGAAUCCCGCACUUAUUUCUACAGCUGGUUUUGAAACGCUAUAUAGAUUUUUGUUAUCCGACUACAAUGCAUCGAUCACACGAAACUUCGUGAAAAUCGCCAGUUCAAGGUAUUCACACUUCCUUCUUUCAAUUAAUUAUUAAUGUAUUCAGGUUUUUGAUAAAUGUUGUGGUUCGUGAAGAAAUAGUGCGACGAAGUCAGAAUGAAAUUUUAUCGGCUGAAUUGAAAGAAUUUCUGAAAGUUAAGUCGGAUUGGAAGAAAUUGCAAAUGCAUGCUUCGGUUCUUAUUGAUCAAACUACCAUGGAUGUAGAUGAUAUGCUCGAUGAAAGUGUUGAUGAAAGUGUUGAUGAAAGUGUUGAUGAAAGUGUUGAUGGAAGUGUUGAUGAAAGUGUUGAUGAAAGUGUUGAUGGAAGUGUUGAUGAAACUAUUGAUGAAACUGUUGAUGUUAUUUAUUAUUCCAAGAUAAUUUUCUCCUUUGGAACUCUGAACUCAUUCAUUUAUAAUACAACCAGCAAUUCAUAUGCGAAUAGCAUUCUUUUUUACGAGAAAAACGGUGACAAAGCAGGAAGAUUCGUUUGCGCCGUGUCUCACCAGGAUGAGCUUUUUUUGAUCGUUGAACCACUUAUCGAGAAAAAUCGAAAUUUGCAUUUCGAAAAAUUGGAACAUGAUAUAAGGGCGAUCAACAAUCAAGAUGAAAAGGAAUGUGGUCUGGAAAUGUUGAAGGAAUUGAGAGGUUAUAGAGGAAUAAUUGAGGGAUCAUGGACUAAUGAUCGUGACGUCAUCCACAGUUCAAACGUAAAUGGUGUUGGUGGAUUUUUAGAAAAAUCCACAUUUAUAGUAUUAUUCCAGUUGAAUGGAUGUCCAGUUCAUAAAUAA